AUGGAUUAUCACCAUUCUUUGAUGCAUGCUGCUAGAAAUAAAGCCAUAGCAGAUUAUCUACGGUCCAAUGGAUAUGAAAAUGCACUGGCUGAAUUCCAGAGAGAGGCUGAUAUGCCUGGUGAUGUUGAAAAGAAAUAUUCAGGUCUGUUGGAAAAGAAAUGGACCUCAGUUAUUAGGCUACAAAAGAAAGUGAUGGACUUAGAGUCAAAACUUAGUGAAUGUGAAAAAGAAGUUUCUGGUGGCGCACCAACAAGAGAUAAACGAUCUCCGUCAGAAUGGAUACCGAGGCCUCCUGAAAAAUAUUGUCUUACUGGUCAUCGUAGUCCAGUUACCAAAGUUUUAUUUCAUCCAGUUUACAGUGUUAUGGUAUCCUCAUCAGAAGAUGCAAGUAUUAAGGUAUGGGACUAUGAAACAGGUGAUUAUGAAAGAACACUUAAAGGACAUACGGAUUCUGUACAAGAUAUAGCUUUUGAUCAUACAGGCAAAUUACUAGCAUCAUGCUCUGCAGAUAUGACUAUAAAACUAUGGGAUUUCAAUGGUUAUGAAUGUAUAAAAACGCUGCAUGGUCAUGAUCAUAAUGUGUCGUCUAUUUGCUUUAUGCCAAGUGGUGAUUUUAUUGUUUCAUCAUCAAGAGAUAAAACAAUCAAGAUGUGGGAAGUAUCAACCGGAUAUUGUGUGAAGACAUUUACUGGACACAGGGAAUGGGUUAGGUCAGUUAAAGUUAACCAGGACGGCUCACUACUUGCUAGUUGUUCUAAUGACCAGACUGUUAGAGUUUGGAUAGCUGCUAAUAAGGAAUGUAAAUUGGAACUGCGAGAACAUGAGCAUGUAGUAGAAUGUAUAGCCUGGGCUCCUGAAACGGCACUUCCCACCAUUAAUGAAGCAUUGGGAUCAGAGCUUACAAAUGAUUCAUCAUCUAAAGACCAGACGAAGAAGGGCCGAAACAGUCCGUUUCUAAUAUCAGGAUCUCGUGACAAGACGAUUAAAUUAUGGGAUAUUGGUGCAGGAGUCUGUGUGAUGACAUUGGUUGGUCAUGAUAACUGGGUGCGAGGUAUAUUAUUUCAUCCUGCUGGCAAGUAUAUAGUUAGUGCAGCUGAUGACAAGACAGUAAGAAUAUGGGACUACAAGAAUAAAAGAUGUUCUAAGACAUUAGAAGCGCAUCAACAUUUUGUCACCUCACUUGCUUUCCAUAAAUCAUCUCCUUACGUUAUCACUGGUAGUGUUGACUUGACCGUUAAAGUCUGGGAGUGUCGUUGAUGGCAGUUACCACCCGAAUUGCCCCAACUCCAGCAACAUGUACCAAAAUGUUUGGACCAUUACAUUACAUGAUGAAAAAGAACGGAAUCUACUAUAAUACCGAUUUAUGGCAUAUCUGUUACUACAAUCUCGAUAUAAAGUCGCUUCUAUUACUUGUCUUCGUUUGAUAUAUGUGUAUAUGCAGUUGAUGAAAUAAUAAUUCAAAAUAUAUUGUAACAGAAG